AUGUCGGCCAAGAGGGCAGAAGUGAAGAAAGCAAACCCGAGCAAGAACUACAAGGCAGUUUGCCUGGAAUUGAAGCCAGAGCCGAUCAAAACAUGUGACUACAAAGGAAUUAAACCGGAAGGGCCAUUUACCAAACCAGGAGGCACUCGGGAGCUAAAGAAUGAACUCAGGGAGGUGAGGGAAGAGCUCAAGGAAAAAAUGGAAGAGAUAAAACAGAUAAAAGAUGUAAUGGACAAGGAUUUUGAUAAACUCCAGGAAUUUGUGGCGAUUAUGAAGGAAAUGCAGAAGGAUAUGGAUGAGAAGAUGGAUGUUUUAAUAAAUGUACAGAAAAACAACAAGCUCCUCCUCAGAAGAGAGCCAAAGGGGCCUCAGGAGCUCAGGCUGGUGGGAAAGCCUGGCAUGGACUCCCAGCUCCGGCUCAAGAAACUGGAGGGAGCUGACGGGACAUUGCGGGCGGUUCCCAAGAAGAAUCUGGCACUGCAGAAAGCCAAAAAGGACCCGCUGGAUUCCCUCCAUCAGUGUGGGACCUGCUGCGUAAAGAAAUAUUUGUUGUGUGCCCUAAAGAACAACUACAAUCAGGGGUAG